GCAGCUUGUCAAUUUCAACAUCGGGUCACAUGACCAGCACCUCCUUGCUAAGGAUGGGGAUAGAUUUCCACGUCAGCUUACGUCUCCAAAUUUCUACUUCACGGAUCCGCUUCAAAGAGGCAGCUGCAGUGGAGAAUCAUGUUAAGCUCGGCUACUGCGGAGAGCCCAAGGUAGCCCAAUGAUGGAUUUUGAUGAGCGUGGUCCCUGCUCCUCUAACAUGUAUUUGCCAAGUUGUACUUACUACGUCUCGGGUCCAGAUUUCUCCAGCCUCCCUUCUUUUCUGCCCCAGACCCCGUCUUCGCGCCCAAUGACAUACUCCUACUCCUCCAACCUGCCCCAGGUCCAACCCGUGCGCGAAGUGACCUUCAGAGAGUACGCCAUUGAGCCCGCCACUAAAUGGCACCCCCGCGGCAAUCUGGCCCACUGCUACUCCGCGGAGGAGCUCGUGCACAGAGACUGCCUGCAGGCGCCCAGCGCGGCCGGCGUGCCUGGCGACGUGCUAGCCAAGAGCUCGGCCAACGUCUACCACCACCCCACCCCCGCCGUCUCGUCCAAUUUCUAUAGCACCGUGGGCAGGAACGGCGUCCUGCCGCAGGCUUUCGACCAGUUUUUCGAGACGGCCUACGGCACCCCGGAAAACCUCGCCUCCUCCGACUACCCCGGGGACAAGAGCGCCGCGGAGAAGGGGCCCCCGGCGGCCACGGCGACCUCCGCGGGCGGCGGCGGCGGCUGCAGGGAGGCGGCGGCGGCCGAGGAGAAGGAGCGGCGGCGGCGCCCCGAGAGCAGCAGCAGCCCCGAGUCGUCUUCCGGCCACACUGAGGACAAGGCCGGCGGCCCCAGUGGCCAACGCACUCGCAAAAAGCGCUGCCCUUACACCAAGUACCAGAUCCGAGAGCUGGAGCGGGAAUUCUUCUUCAGCGUCUACAUCAACAAAGAGAAGCGCCUGCAACUGUCCCGCAUGCUCAACCUCACUGACCGUCAAGUCAAAAUCUGGUUUCAGAAUAGAAGAAUGAAGGAAAAAAAAAUUAACAGAGACCGUUUACAGUACUACUCAGCUAACCCGCUCCUCUAAGGCUCCAGCCGGCUGGAAUUGGGUGGGGGGCUUCAUACACGUGAGAUAAUAUGCAGAUUCUGCCCUUGACAAGGUCAAGGCACAUGGUGACUUUUGAAAAAAGGAGGUGUACAAGAGAGGAAAGCUACAUGGAGAUUGCCCAAACAGGAGAGGGCCUGGGACUCUCUUGGUUAAGAUCUCAACGGUUAAGAUUUCUAAUAAUUGGAUUCUGAGCAUUGUGCAUCAGCUAGAAUGAAUGGUUUGGGAUGCCUGGUAGUUCACUCUUGGAGCCCAUGUCGCAUCAGGCUGGGUGUGGUCUCCACUGGGGACUAGGUCCCCUGCCAGGGCCUCUGGAGGCCAACCCCCCUCCAGGACCCUCCCCACAAAACCUGGCCACCCCUAGGACUCUUAAGUCAAGAAGCUGUAUGCUCCCCAAGCCGAGUUUAGCUUGGGGACAGGGGCAAGAGGAAAGGUGAGGAUUCCUAAAUGCCCAGAAUGGGGCUACUUUCUAAAGCCAGUGUGAAAGGCAGCUGGACUAAGAGGUGGCUGUAAAGUGGGGGAAAGGCUGCAGAUCCUGGAGGGAAAAGAAAUCUAUCCAGGUGCAUGCAUGUCUUCCACUCCUCCUGACUACCCACCACAUUGACCUAGGUCUGACCUCCUAGCAGCCACUUCCUGCAGCCCACCUGGAUUUUCUUCCUUCCAAACAGGGGUCUUCAUCCCAGCCUGCCACCCAGGCCCAAAGCCUGGUUGCAGAGAGGACUGUUCCUUGAGGUGGAAGGCAUUGAAAAGCCCAGAGGCUGCACCCAGGCCGCUGGCCCCUCGAUCUUUGCAGGAAAUGCCUGUGGAGUGCAGCAGUUUGGCAAAGUCUCCACCACAUUUAAUGAAGCUUGGAUUUUGCUCAAUGUCGGGCAGUGGGCCUGGCCAGCGGGUCCUCGGCUAUGGCUAUGAGGGGCUGGAGUCCCCCCAAACCCCGGUUCCGGCUCCAUACUCUGCCCUCAUUGACUCAGAACUGAGCUUGGAAGCUUUCCGUGACCUUCCAAGAGCCCGAGAGUGAUUUGGAAUUAUUUUAAAAGAUAAAUAUUAUAUUAUAUAUAUAUAUUUCCCUGAAGGAACCAAAGCGAAUUUUAAAAAGAUGCAAUGUGUGGGGGGGUGAUGAAAAUAUUUAAAGGCUCUAUCUGUUUACAGUGGUCCAUGGUUAAAAUCGCUCACUGCUAAGAAUAUUUGAAUGUACGCUUCAUACAGGGAUGGUGUUCGAAAGACUUGUAAAUAAAGGAACCAUAACCUAAUUUGUUUGAA